AGAAUUCUUGCAUAUAGCGAAUCUGAAGUUGCAAAAUCAGUUGGCAGCCAAAGUAUGUAGUACAGUUAGUGACAAUUGGUCAAUGGAUUGCAAUGGAACCUUACAUAAAAAGGUUUAAGGUUUUGGAUUAUGUUAAACACCCUAAACGUUCAGAAUACGACCAUCUCAUUCUUCAAUUAUACAUAUCGAGUCCGUGAUGCCACUGCAUUCAACGGAGCUGGCUCAAUAAUUCCCUGCCAUGUAAUUCUCUCUGUAGGAACGCCCCCUGCUCACACGCAUUGCUCACCCACACGUGUGCACCCACUCUGUCAGCUACGUAGGCAACGAACGUGUACCUGUGUUGUAUUCAACUGGCACGUACACAAAGGAUUGCAAACAAAGCACGCAUGCCGGUGACGCUCGAUAAUUCCCCGCUACUCGGGGAAAGACCCACCUCCAGAGCCCCGAGCGCAGGAAAUUACCGAACGUCCUCCGUAGUUUCUUUCGAACCUUUGCGGAAAAUACAUCAUCGCGUGCCUCGAAAAUGGGAUCGAACCAGCCGAGCACCAGCGGUACGAGCCCUACGAAACGUAAAGCGUACGCAACUUUGACGUUGCAGCAAAAGCUUGAAGUAGUGAAAGAAAAGGACGCAGGUGUUUCUACGAACGAUAUAGCUGUACGAUACAACGUGGACGAGAGCACAGUGAGAAAAUGGGUUCGAGAUAGGAAAAAAUUAGAAAAGUAUAGCAGUUCGCCGUCGGAAUUCAAACGUAUACGACCGUCCCCCGUGGAGAAGGUGAACGAAGCGCUGACAAUUUGGUUUCAUCGUGAAAGAAGGCUGAAGAAAACAAUUAGCGUUAAUCGAGUGAAAGCGAAAGCGCAAGAAUUUUUCCAACGUUUCGGGGGUAUGGAAACCUUCAAGGCGAGCGACGGAUGGUUUCGUACCUGGAAAAAGAGAAAUGGGAUACGUUUAUUAAAUACAUCCGACGAACAAUUAUCCGUAGACACAGAUGUAGUUGCGAACUUUAAGACUCAAUUACUGCAAUUAGUAGAGGACGAGAAAUUAACAUCCCAUCAAAUAUUUAACGCAAAGGAGACUGAUCUAUAUUUUAAAAUGACGCCGAACGAAAGCUUAGGACUUAAAACGGAAUGCUUGAUUUCGGAUAACAGAAAAAUUAAAGAUAAAAUAAGUGUAAUGGCGUGUUGUAACGCAACGGGUUCGAUGAAAAUGCCGCUGUUAGUAAUCGGUAAAUAUCAAAAACCGCGUUCCUUAAAAAACUUAGCACCGCGUCUGCUGCCCGUGAAUUAUACCAACCAUCCAAAUGCCGUGAUGAACGCGGCUAUUUUUGAAACAUGGUUCAAGGACAAUUUCGUGCCAAAUGUUAGUAAUUUUUUGAGAUCCAAAGGAUUAUCAGAGAAAGCGAUUUUACUCUUCGAUGACACCAAGUUACAUUCGUCGACAAAUCCUUUAAUCAUUGACGGAAUUAAAGCCGUAUUUUUACCUGCAAAUGUUACGUCACUUGUUCAACCGUUGGAUCAAGGCAUUAUCGAGGCAAUCAAGAAUAGAUAUAAAGCAAAAUUGUUAACGUUUAUACUGAACGCUCAAGAACUUGGGGAGAAUUACGAUGAUGCAAUGAAAUCGUUUAAUAUAAAGCAUGCCGUUCAAUUGAUCAGUCAAGCUUGGGACGAGAUAACCGAGAAAAAUAUUUCUAACUGUUGGAAGAAUCUGUUAAACCUGCCUGUUGAUCCGGCAGACAAUUCUGAACAGAUCACGUCCGAAUCCAUUCAUCAAAUUUCUAAACAGAUCCGAAAUCUCGAAAAUAUUGCAUUAGACGAGGUUAAUGAAUGGAUUCAGGCUGAUUCGAAGAAUCUAACCGACGAAGACAUUAUUCAAAUUGUACAGUAUGGCGACAAUGUAAAGAUCGAAAUAGAAAAUGAUGAUCUUACGGACGCUGAAAUUUCUCCAUCGAAAGCACUGGAAGCCGCAGACUGCUUGAUCCUGUUUUGUGAGAAAACUGAAAUCUCAAUAUCCGACAUGAAAGUAUUAAGAAGACUGAGACAACGGAUAGCGAAACUUACGGAAAAUGCUUAACGUGUUUUUCAUAUGAAAUAAUAUGUAUAUUUUGUAAUAUAUAAAGUAAAGUCCUUGAUUAUUUUUAACCUAA